AGAAUGAGAACUGCGUUGAUACACAUACGUACGUGAUUGUAGGAUUCGAACGAAAACGGUUUUAUUACGUAUAUAAAAAAGAGAAAUUUUCCUGUAAAUUUCUGUUAGAAUUCUUCCUAAUUUCACCUAUCUCUUGACUCUCAACGAGAUAUGAAUUUUAGUUCAACUUUUCUUUUAUCUAAAAGCAUUGCAAAUUGCAACAAAUCGCGUUUGUUGUUCUUGCAGUACGCCAAGAGAUUCUCGACCCAUUCUGCCAUCGCCAAACAUAAACAUGGCUCCGCCAAGCCAGUCAACGUCGAUAUUUUAGGAACGUGGGACAGCCGGACGGAAUUGCCUCUCGAACUUGAGUCUAGUAUCAACUAUGGCAAGCCCAUACCGCAGAUCCUUACCUCGUCAGUUGGGACACACUCCAUUCAAGGAAGGAGACCUUAUAAUGAGGAUCGGUUUGUCGUGAAAGAGCUAAGACCAAAUCUCCUAUAUUUCUCAGUAUUUGAUGGGCAUGGUGGCUCAGAGUGUGCUGACUAUUGCUAUCGUCACAUGGAAGAUCAUUUAACAUUUUGGUUGGACAGAUUAAGUGUCAAUGACAUAGAACAUGCAAUUGAUGCUGCCUUUCUUGAAGUGAACAACUCCUUUGCACGAUGGUGGGCAUACCAUGGAAAAGCAACCAGCAAUGUUCCUGGAACGACAGCCACAAUUUCACUUCUCCACAAAAAUAUGGACCUUUAUAUUGGUCAUGUGGGAGACAGUCGUGCAAUGCUCUGUCGGGGCGGAGUAGCAAGGCGUCUUACCACGGAUCAUUGUCCAUCCCUCUUAGCCGAGAAGACACGAAUCGAGCAAUCUCAAGGAAAGAUAAUUGUAGACGACGUCGGCCGGGGUAUGGUCAAUGGAAGACUAGCGAUGACGAGAAGCAUAGGUGACCUCGAGCUUAAGCCCUUUGGCGUGACUGCUGUUCCCGACGUGAGGAAGGUUAAGAUAAAGCAUGGCAGAGAUGCAUUCUUAGUAUUAACUACUGAUGGAAUAAAUUGCGUCAUGUCGGAUCAAGAAAUCUGUGACGUCGUCCAACGAACUGAAGAUCCCGCAGACGCAGCCCACUGUUUAACUGAUGCUGCUUUACAUUAUUCUUCCGAAGACAAUGCAACCGCAAUCGUCGUACCACUUGGCUCCUGGGGUAAUAAUACGACGUCAGCUUCCAUUUUCUACAGUUUUGGUCGUAGCAUGACGGUUAGCAGUCGUUUUAGUUAGCAACACAAUCCGUCCAAAAUUUUCAUUUCUAUAUACGAGAUUUUUACGGUACGCUUUCGUGACCCCUGUUUCUCAAAUAGGAAUCCCUAAUUGUGAAUACAUGAACUUGUUAUAUGCUUUUCCUGCGUACUAACUGCGUUUCACGAAAUUAUUUACUAAUGAAUUGUUUCUGUUCACACGGCUCUGAGUUUCCUAUCUAUCGUCCUUCCAUAGUAAAGCCAUUCUCUUUCGUCUACUUAAUUCACCUCUUCAAACGUGUGGCAUACGUAAACUGUUUAGUUAA